AUGCCCAUCUCUGCCCAAACCACUCUUGGUAUCAAGGACGCCGUCCCUAAGGAUGUCUGCCCUUGGAACGACUCUCCUUCGCUUCUCAACUACCUCGACAGCAUGCAAGCUCUGGAACGCAAGCUCAACGCUCCCUUCCUGAUGCCUGUCGCUGCCAAGUACCGUGACUUGGGUACCAUGAUCGAGGGCAAGAUCGAGUCUGGUGUCAUCAAGAAGGAUAUCAAGUACCUGAUGAUGCCUAACCGUGUCGAGACCACCAUCUCAGCUCUUUACGGUGAGACCGAAGACGAAAUCCCCAACGCCACUUGCGGUGACCAGAUCCGCCUGCGUAUCAAGGGUAUCGAAGAAGAAGACAUCAUGCCUGGUUUCGUACUCUGCUCACCUCGCCGUCCUGUAAACUGUGUUUCAGUCUUCGAAGCACAGAUUGUCCUCCUCGACAUCAAGUCCAUUCUCUCCGCCGGUUUCAACUGUGUCAUGCACGGUAGGUUUUCAUCAACACCAUACUAUUCUUAUAUCCUUGCUGAUUAUCCGCACANNGUCCACGCCGCCACCGAAGAGAUCACCUUCGAUGCCCUCCUCCACAAGCUCGAAAAGGGCACAGGCAGAAAGUCAAAGAAGGCGCCCGGUUUCGCCACCAAGGGUAUGAGCAUCAUCGCCCGCCUGAAGGUCACCAGCAACAACGGUGCCGGUGUCUGUAUCGAGACCUUUGCCGAAUACCCCACCCUUGGCAGAUUCACCCUGCGUGACCAGGGUCAGACCAUUGCCAUUGGCAAGGUUACCAAGCUUAUUCACGAUGACAGUGCUUAA